AUGGCCUCACACAGACUCACUUACCGUCGGCGACAACCGUACAACACCAAGUCUAACAAGGUCCGCGUUGUUAAGACUCCUGGAGGCGAGCUCAGAUACUUGCACCUGAAGAAGAAGGGCACUGCUCCAAAAUGUGGUGACUGCGGCACCAAACUCCCUGGCAUUCCUGCUCUCCGUCCUCGCGAAUAUGCUGGCGUCUCACGACCAAAGAAGACCGUCCAGCGUGCCUACGGUGGAUCCCGAUGCGCCAACUGUGUCAAGGACCGUGUCGUUCGCGCUUUCCUGAUUGAGGAGCAGAAGAUUGUCAAGAAGGUCAUGAAGGAGGCCGAGAAGAAGAGCAAGCGGUGA